AGAAGAGGAGGAGAGAGAGACGGAGAGACAGAGCGACAGAGGAGGAAGGAAGACGGGACAGAGGGAGGAGAAGGAAACAUCUGUUCGCACAUGGGCAGUGUGGAUGUUGUGUAGACGUGAAACCUCUCGUGUUCAGGGAGGAGACAUAACAGACCGAGCCCCUACCUCCCCGAGGUCAACAACCCCCCUCCCCCACUUACUUACUCUCCCCAUCCCUUGAGGCGACACGGACCGUAGACAAGCGUGGAUAACAGAAGUCUGCGAGGCGGUUGUCCAAGGGAAAUAACCCAAGAAAAUGAGGACCCUGCUGCACGCGCUCUCGUUGUUACCGGCCUUAUUUAUUGCAGUUGACUCCAUCCAACACUUCACGGAAAUCCCCAAGAACACCAAUGUGAUCCGCGGCCAGACGGCGGUGCUCAAAUGUGUCAUUGGUGACCGCAAGGGGGCGGUGCAGUGGACCAAGGAUGGCUUCCCCCUGGGUUUCAACCGCACCAUCCCCGGGUUCAGCCGGUACUCCAUCUCCUCCACCAAUGACGACGAGUUCAACCUGAUGAUCGUCAAUGCUGACCUGGUGGACGACGCCACUUUUGAGUGUCAGGUGCUGCCGAAGGACGGGGAUGAUCCACUCCGGGCUAGUGCUACACUCACUGUGCUAGUGCCGUGCGAGCCGCCCAAGAUCCUGGACUACAACAACGGCUCCACGGUGGAGGUGCCACACACACAGGAGACCCUGGAGCUGACCUGUGAGGCCAGGCUGGGCCGACCCGCUGCCUCCAUUGACUGGUACCGUAACGGGAUCAAGGUGACAGAGAACAUUCGCUACGGCGUGGAGUCGUUGCCCGGCGACAAGCGCGAGACGGCCCGCAGCACCCUGACCGUGUCCCUGUCCAACCACCACGAGGAGAAUGGGGCGGUGUACCGUUGUGAGGCCAGCAACAGCGCUGUGUUUGGGCCUGCCCUCACUGCCAGCGUGUCCCUCAGUAUACUCUUCCCGCCGGGUCCCCCUGAGAUCUCCGGCUACGGUGGCCGAGUGGUCAAGAUCAACGACUCCCUGGUGCUGACCUGUGUGUCGAAGGGAGGCAACCCGCUGGGCACGGUCACCUGGUACCGUAACGACCAGCCGGUAGACUGGAGCUUCACCUCGGGCAGCAACCGCGCCAUCAACGAGUACACCUUCAAGGUCGGCCCUAGCGACAACAACGCCGUCUACCGAUGUCAGGUGACCAACCUAGUGGCCACAGAGCCGCUGACCUCGGAGUACCGCUUGACCGUUCACUUCCCUCCGACCAGUGUAACCAUGUCUGGUGCCCAGUCGGCAGUCAAGGCGGGUCGGAGGGUGACCUUGACCUGUGUGUCGUCCAACUCCAACCCUCGAGCCACCAUCAUGUGGGUGUCGAAGGAGAACCAGUUACCCAGGAGUGACGUUACAGAGACGUACAGCGAGUCUCCUGACGGAGGAUACAUCACCACGUCGAGGGUCAGGGUCACCGUGAGGCACCAGGACCACAACUCCAAGGUCACGUGCCGGGCGAGCAACUCUGAGUUCGGACAGACCGUCGCAGACAUGGUCACUCUCACAGUUUUGUACCCUCCCAACGCCCCUCACAUCAACGGCUACGUGCAGGGCUCCUCUAUACGAGCCGGGGACCUGGAGAGAAUGACGUGUAUCUCUAUAGGAGGGAACCCCAUAGCAGAUGUCAAGUGGUAUAAAGGUAACAAACUGAUCAGAGAUGCGGUCUACAAGAAACUGACCAACAUCGCCUCGUCUGAGCUGGCUAUUGUGGUGGACGCGGAUGACAACGGGGCGCGAUACACCUGUAAGGCCAGCAACCGCGCCACGCCCACGCCACUGCAAGUCAGCAUCACCCUCACCGUGCACUUCCCUCCGGCCCACGUGGUCAUCUCCCUGAGCCCGUCCCAGCCCAGCGCGGGCCAGCAGGUGGACCUGACCUGUGUGAGCUCCUCCAGCAACCCGGCCGCCGAGAUCACCUGGCUGCGUAACGGCCGGCGCAUGACUGGCGUCAGUCUGGGCACAGUGGAGGCGGAGCACGGCGGCAAGAACACCACCAACCGCCUGCGUUUCUACCCCACCUCGCGCGACCACAACGCCGUGUUUGGCUGCCGCGCCACCAAUCGCCUGCUGGACCAGUCGGUCACCGACGCCAUAACGCUCAACGUCUUGUUCAAGCCGGAGUUCAACGACGCCACACUGCCGAGCAAGAUUGACGUGAAGAAAGGGGAGAGGACUAGCAUCAACCUGACGGCGUACGCCAACCCUCCCAACGUGACCUACACACUGUUCAAGGGUGGCUCCUCCUUCAGCACGCCCUCACGCUUCCGGCUGGGUAACGGCUACCUCAACAUCUCCAGCAUCUCCAAAAAUGACAAGGGAAACUACACCAUCAAGGGAGAGAACAACCAGGGAUUUUCAACCUUCAAUUUUUCCAUCAAUGUCAAAUACCCAGCGCGUGUGGUGGACAUCACAAACCGACUGUCGCUCAACGAGGGAGACACCGCCAUGUUUGCCUGCAAGGUGGACGCCAAUCCCAUGGUGCCUAACAUUGUCACCUGGACACGGUCGGACUUCGACAUGAGCCGUACCCAGACCAAGGUGGAAGGGGAGACCACCUACCUGUCCGUGCCUGACCUGACCAAAGAGGAUGCCGGGACGUUCAAAUGCGUGGCAGACAACAGGAUAGGCUCCCCUGCCACCAGCAAUGCCCGGCUCAUUGUCAAAUUCAAGCCGGUGAUUGACAAGUCUCCGGAGACGAGCCGUUCAGCCGGGGAGAAGGGCACGACGGUCACUCUGAAGUGUAAUGCUGAGGGGGCGCCAUCAGUCUCCAUCUCCUGGACCAGGAAUAACCGUGCGGUGCGGUCUGGAAGCAAGUACCGGAUCAACUCGCGCUCCUCUGGCUCCAUCAGGUUUGAGAGCACCCUCAAGGUGAAGAACUUAACGCGCGAGGACUAUGGGGCUUACGUCUGCACAGCCGCCAACAGCAAGGGAAGCGACUCUCAUAGCAUCACGCUCAGCGGAACGAGCAAACCGUACCCCCCGUCCAACAUCACGUUUGUCAACGCCACAUCCAACAGCAUCACUCUCCGCUGGAAGGCGGGUUUCGACGGCGGGCUGCCCCAGUCCUUCCGUGUACGCUACAAACCCACGGACAAGAGGGGAUACGUCUAUGUGGAUGUCCGGCCCUAUGGAGCAAAUAUCUACAAGAUAAAAGGUCUGGAUCUGGGAACGUUGUACGAGUUUGCCGUGCUGGCCUUCAACGACAGGGGAGAGAGUUCCUACAUUGCUCAAGGCAUCCAGGCCAAGACGUCGGACGUGGUGGCCCCGACGGACAUCGCCACCAAGGAGCUGGAGGGAGCAGACGAGAUCCCAGUGAUCAUCAUCCUGGUGGUGUGUAUUGUGGGCGUGUUCAUCCUGGCCCUCAACGUUGGACUCAUUCUCUUCUUCAUUCAGCGGCGCAAGAAGAGGCUAGAAGCCGGCGCGAGCGAGACAACAAGCCACACCAACACGUUUGAACUGUACGGCACUGGCAAGGGGGACCACUCCAUGUGCCCCGCACCCUCUGACGACACGCGCAGUUAUGGGACUUACGACAAGAGCAUGGACGAUUUCUCUGACGACUACAUACGGGAUUACGAGGGAAAGACCGGCUUUGCAGCGGUCAUCUCUGAGCUAGAGACCCUGAGCUAUCUGCAUGAGAACCAGAACCGCAGGGUGGAGGGAUGGCCCCGGCGGCCUGAACCAAUCCGUACAAGAUGGCCCAUCCGAGAAGCAAGAAGGGAUUUUAUGAGAACGGCGUGCAGAACGGAGAUAUUUACGAGUUCAAGAGUGGUUCUCGUGGCAAGGGUAUGAACGAGCUGUCAGACCGCCCACCUAGCCGGCCGUCCAGUCGAUCGGGUAAGACCCCCCCUCCCCCUCCCACCCGCUCUUCCAGCAGGGGAGGUGAUUACAUCCCGCCGCUUCCAGCCCGCAACUACGACCCCGAGGAGAUAGCCCCGCCCCGCUACGGACCCACGCCAGGUUCUUCCUCGCUCCUGUCGCCCAACAUCGUGCCAAACCCCAGCUACCGUGGGCCCACCUCGCCCACGGCCCGCAGCCCGUCACCCCACCACCAGCAGUACUCUCCGUCCCCACACGACACCUUGCCCGUCGGGGCUGAGAUGAGAGGUCACUUAGUGUGACCCCCCCCAUCCCACAACCACCCGGACAGACAGCAGCCGACAGCGCAGCAGCGCGUUAUUGUGUGUUGCCAGCACAUAACAGGAUUGUGUGUUGACUCGGACAAUGUGGGGCACCAGAUGACUGUGUCAACUGUCUACGACUGCAGGAGGGGGAGGGGGGAGGAAUUUGUGAAUCCUCUCUGGUGGAUGAGAUUUGGUGCUGGGCAAGUUUGUUGUGAAAGAAAGAGAGAAAGAGAAGAAAAGGAGAAGAGAAAAUUGAAAGUUGUUUUGGAGUCAUGUUUGUGUGUAUGAGAGAGUGCGUGCGUGUGUGCGAGUGCUUGUAUGUUUGAGUGUGUGUACGUGUCUAGGUGUGAAUACAUGGGUGUGAUGAUGGCAAGCAGGAGACUUGUGCUUGUGUGUUGAUAAAAACACUUCAACGCCAUCAUGAUAUUAUGAUUCAUAUAUAUAGCCUGGAGAUGUGGAUAGUUCGACCUGAAAGUAAUUUGAAUGAACAAUCUACACCCUCACUCUGGCCGCCCUCUCCUCAGGUGAUCAGUGGAAGCCAGGGGUUGAAAUAUCUGUGUAUGUUUGUGUUAGUACGUUUGUGUGUUGGUACGCUUGGCGCGCUGGCUCCAGUAAGACACAAUGACAGUGGCAGAAAGUAUGUUCUAUGCAUUCAAACAAAAUGGUGCACAGAUGUGUUACAAGGAAGCAGACAGUAUGGCUGUAUGUCGACUGGCGUCGUGUCAACUGGUGGCCUAUAUGUCGACUGGCGUCGUGUCAACUGGUGGUGGCCCAUAUGUCGACUGGCGUCGUGUCAACAGGUGGCCUAUAUGAUGUCGACUGUCGUCGUGUCAACUGGUGGCCUAUAUGUCGAAUGGCGUCGUGUCAACUGGUGGCCUAUAUGUUGAAUGGCGUCGUGUCAACUAGUGGCCUGUAUGUCGACUGAUGACACAAAGAAAAACCCAGUGCCAUGAUAUCUCAAAGCAGUAGUGACAACAACACAGGAGCUGUGGGGACUCUGUUCAUUUCAGUGAUUUCGGUUGUUGCUACAACGCUGUCAGUUUGGAUAUGUUUUCGAGGACUUUUGCAGUGUUUUGGAGGUAGCUGAGGUCGCUUUGUUGUGUUGAGACAAAGUUCAUUAUAGUCUUGCUGAAAAACUGAAUCUACAUCUCAUUGUUGAUAUGGUGUAUAACAGCCACAACCCAUGGUAACAUGUAUAUAUACACAUAUAGUGUGUGUGUGUGUGUGAAUAUGUGUGUGUGUGUGUGUAUGUGUGUGUACAGUUAAUAGUAGCAGUAAUAGCCUGCCCCACAAGAGGAUGUUGAUUCUCCGAGAACUGUGAAAUAGGAUAUUGGAGACUUUUGGAGAGUAAGUGGCAUACAUGUAGCCUAUCUGUUUGUGUGUGUGUGUUUGUAGGUAUGUUUGUACUCAAACUUGGUGCUAAUCGCAUACAUUUUGAUGUGAGACCGUUUUUCAUGUUACUAAGCGAUGCAAAAACUAGAAAAAAACCUGAAUGCUUUUGUGUGUGGAUGUGUAUGUGUGUGCGCGUGCCUGUGAAUGUGUGUCUGCGUCUGACUGAGAGAGGAGAGAGAGAGAGAGAGAGAGAGAGAGAGAGAGAGAGAGAGAGAGAGAGAGAGAGAGAGAGAGAGAGAGAGAGAGAGAAAAUGUAUGCUGAUAGAACAUGUGCUUACAUCAUGUGUGUAUAUGUGCAACAUUGAAUUUCCUCUAACAGACUGGUUGAACUAAAAAAAAGCAUUGAAUCUUCUGUACACAUAUUAUGCUCAUAGCAAAGUAUAUUUUAACUCAUAUCAUUGUACAUAGCAGAUCCCUUUGUUGUUGCUGGUGAGUCCAGGCGUAAUGGUGUGACGUAUCUCUGUGUGUGUGAGUUGUGAAAGUGAUGGUGAGUUCAUGGCAGGAUGGGAACCCACACAAACUACUGGCAUCUAUCUCUAGUAGUUAUGCUAUUCACCAUUGCAGGCGGAAUACGUCAGCUCGAUUCCUGUGAGAGUACUUAUUUUAUGGAGUUCUUCCUCUGUUUGUUAGAAUGCUAUAUCUCACUCAGCUCAGAUUAGCCCUGACAGGAAAGGGUGAAGUAGCCCUCUCUUUGUAAGUGGUCUAUAUAUAAAAUUGUGUCAACAGGGGCGUACAACAUUUGUUGUAAAACCCCUCAAAGUAAUGUCAGAUUUCCAGUUGGGCAUGACAGGUUUCUGGUGCCUGGAGGAACUAGCACCUACAAGUACAAGCUUUGUGCCGCAAGAAACAAGUCCCAAGAUACAAGCACACUGUCUGAGGGUUCUUUCAGAUCUUCCAACACCCCAUAAAUUUGACUGUCUGAAGGUUCUUUCAGAUCUUGCAACACCCCAUAAAUUUGAUUGUCUAAGGGUUCUUUCAAAUCUUGCAACACUCCAUAAAUUUGACUGUCUGAAGGUUCUUUCAAAUCUUGCAACACCCCAUAAAUUUGAUUGUCUAAAGGUGCAACACUCCAUAAAUUUGAUUGUCUAAGAGUUCUUUCAAAUCUUGCAACACUCCAUAAAUUUGAUUGUCUAAGAGUUCUUUCAAAUCUUGCAACACCCCAUAAAUUUGAUUGUCUAAAGGUUCUUUCAGGUCUUGCAACACCCCAUAAAUUUGAUUGUCUAAGAGUUCUUUCAAAUCUUGCAACACCCCAUAAAUUUGAUUGUCUAAAGGUUCUUUCAGGUCUUGCAACACCCCAUAAAUUUGAUUGUCUAAGAGUUCUUUCAAAUCUUGCAACACCCCAUAAAUUUGGUUGUCUAAAGGUUCUUUCAGAUCUUGCUGCACCCCGUAAAUGUUAAGGCUGCAAGAUACAGCAGAUGUGGGUUGUCUAAAUGUGAUUUUUGCUUGUAUGAAAUGGAAUUCUGAAACUGCACAAUAUAACUUUUGAAUGCCAUCCUGCUGACACAUUAUAUUAUUUUAAAAUAGUAUGGGUGUGGGUAGGAAUGGGUGGUUGAAAUAGUGUGUCUGCUUGUGUGUGUGUUUGUCUGUGUGUGUGUAUGUGUGUCUAUGUAUGUGUGCGAGUGUGUCUAUGUAUGUGUAUGUGUGUGUGUGCGCACUCAUGCAUGCCAGCAUAUCAGCCACCUCAGCCAGAUACCAAAGUCUAUCAGUGAAGUGAACGGCUCACCACAAGUCGUAGCAGACAUCACACGGAUGUAGAGCACAAAUAUACGUAUAAUAAACCAUUAUUAUGGACUG